GGACCACCCCCUGUCCGUCAGCAAAUGUGGUGCAACGCCGAUAAUGAUGAAUUUAUCAAGCGUUGGAAAACGUUCAAUGUGAGCAAGUACUAUAUUGGUUCUGACGUUCCCUAAGAUCACAACGUCAAAACUGUUGAGGCCUGACAUGAACAUUAACUGACUUUCUUUCGUGUCGCAAAAAUGGUCGAGGUGGGCAUUGAAUGGAGGAUUGACCCUGUUAAUCGUCGCAGAUCACAGAAUCGCAUCGCCCAACGCAAAUUUCGUCAGUCGCGCAAGACACCAAAAAAUACGCUGAACGAUAUCAAUCAGCCAGUAUACAGUCGAGAUUCUCGUUCGAUUGCUGAAACUGACUUGAUAGAGGUCCCAGAUCCUCAAGAUUCCACAGACCUUGGCACCAAUUCGUCCGAUUAUCUCAUCAGGGUAGCCACUUCUACACAAACAUCUAGCAGUUCGACGACGGGAUCCCCGAAUGAUACACCAAAUAAUGGCGUUCAAGGGUCGGACGACAUCAAUUUCAUGGACAGCUUAAUAUCCGGCAGCAACGGCUCCUUUGCGACACCGCCAAUAACCGACUUUGAAGGGAAUUACGACCCAAAUUUGGACUUCAUUUCUCUAAGCGCAUUAAGGACGCCAUCAACUAGCCCUAUGAGCUCAGACUACUUCAACGUUUAUGGGACCCUGGGCAGUGUCUUUUCACCCAGCCGCUCCGAUCAUGCACAGCAUAGAGGCUCUCGGCGUGAACCGCACAUUCAUCCGGGCAUGACCUUGAUACCACAUAAUUACAACGAUUCCGGUCAACCGCUUUUGACAAAAGAGCCACCCACUUCAGCAUUACCCAAAUCAGAUGGACAAAGCAAAGGAUGGCUCAGUCCUCUACACAUUGCCGCUCGCCGAGGUCACGAGCCGAUCGUCCGCACCCUUAUUUCACACAAUAUCGACUGCAACGGAAAGGAUAGUGACAUGAGAACAGCUUUAAUUCAUGCAUCAAUAGACGGACAUGAAUCCGUAGUCAGUCUACUUCUUGCACACGGCGCUCGAAUUAGUGAUGUAGACCGACGGGGACGAUCGGCAUUAUAUUGGGCUACCAUGAAUCAGCAUCAAGGGGUCUUAAGAUUGCUUUUGUGGGAGUACGAUAAGAGAGAUUGGGAACAGGGCAUUGAUGCUUAUGAUGAUAUGGGUUGGACUGCUUUGCACAUUGCUAUUGAGAAGGGCUUCGAAGUUGGAGUUCAAUUAUUGUUAGCAAGUGGCGCUGAUUUGAAUGCAAGAGCGCAAAAGACGUGUAACGGUGAUGAUGACAAGGAUGAUAGUAGAACCACACAAGCGAAAUGAUUGUAUUUAGGUGAAUUUAUGGUGUCAAGGGUCGUGGGUCAUGGGUCACGGAUUGGAGGAUUAGAUUUUAGGUUAUGGCUUUGGAUUUUGAAUCUUGGGUUUCAUAGAUUCGAUCGGUGAUUAGGUCGUAGUCAGAGAGUUAAAAUUUCAACUCAUAUUGUAUACCCUUUAAAUCUAUAGGCUUGGCUAGAGCAAUUUCUUUCCCGC